AUGCAGAUGAUAAUUGGGAAGAAAGAAGAAAACCCCGGAAGGCGCAGGACGUGCAUGCCAGCAGAUGGUGAGUCACAACAAUCGCGGUUAGUGAAAAGGCGUCGAAGAGAACCUUCUGUACUCCCGGCCUAUGAUGAUAAUCAGAGUCAGCCACAACUUGAUCAAGCUACAGCUACAACUGUCAAGAGGAGUUCGAAAUACCGGGGCGUUAGCAGACAUCGAUGGACUGGCCGGUUUGAGGCUCACUUGUGGGAUAAGCUCUCUUGGAAUGUAACACAGAAGAAGAAAGGCAAACAAAGAGCUUAUGAUGAUGAAGAAGCUGCUGCUAGAGCAUAUGAUUUGGCUGCACUCAAGUAUUGGGGAACAACAACUUUCAGCAAUUUUCCGAUAACAGAUUAUGAGAAGGAGAUUGAGAUUAUGCAAACUGUGUCAAAAGAGGAGUACCUUGCCACUUUAAGAAGAAAGAGCAGUGGAUUUUCAAGAGGAGUAUCCAAGUACAGAGGAGUUGCAAGGCACCAUCACAAUGGAAGAUGGGAAGCUAGGAUAGGCCGUGUUUUCGGAAACAAAUACCUCUAUCUUGGAACUUACAGUACACAAGAAGAGGCUGCACGCGCUUAUGACAUCGCUGCGAUUGAGUACAGAGGGAUCAAUGCCGUGACUAAUUUCGACUUGAGCACUUAUAUCAGAUGGCUAAAACCAGGAGCAGCUGUAAAAAUGGCAGCUCAGGACUCACAAACUGUAAUGGAGCCUCAAAUUGCGCCGUUGACCACAAACUACCUUCAAAGAGAGGAAUCCAAGUCCUCUUUCUUCAACACACAUCCUUACACUGCAGACUACUUGAACUGCAUACAAAAUCAAGAAGUUACACAAAGCAAAGCCCCUGCUGUCAACUCUUGCAACAACAAGUCAUCAUCAACACCCACUGCACUAGGCCUCCUUUUUCGAUCUUCGAUAUUUAGAGAACUCGUCGAGAAGAAUUCGAACGUAUCAGAUGAUCAUUACUCUGCCGGAGAUGACACAAAGGACCAUCAACAUGUUGGCAGUGAUGAAGAGGAGUAUGGUAGGAUCUUUUAUGAUGGACUUAACGAUAUACCGUAUGUCUCCGCGACUGACGGAGAGAGUAGAGAUUUGCAUGAAAGGGAGUUCCAGUUCAUUUUCUGA